AUGCAUAAAACAUUUUAUUUUAAGGACGGUGAAGCUUACACCGAGGAUCACAUUCUGAUUAAAAAGCUUUAUAUGAUCCAUGUGGGCUCAACACUAUCGCUCAAAAACUUGAGAGAUUAUUUCUCCACUUUUGGAGCCGUGAAGCACUUGGAGGUGCUUACCCAUUCAGCCAAUGCUUCCGGCUGCAAAGCGGCUGCUGAGAAACCUAAAAGCAAAAGUGGUUUCGUUCUCUUCGACGAUGCACGCAGUGCUGCCAAGCUUUUGCAUCGCAAGGUGCACUAUGUGAAGAGCAUUCGAGUUUCUGUGGUGCCCAGCGAUAGCUGGCAUCAGCCAGACGCCCAGGGCAUUCCAUUGGCAGCCGAUGAUGAGCCGGCGGCUGCUAUAAUGAAUCUGAACGAUCAUUGCUUGGAUCACAUAUUCCGUAUGUUGCCACUGAGCGAUCGCAUUCACUUCGCACGCACCUGUCUUCGCUUCCGGGAGAUAUAUAAGCAGGCAGCGCCAGCAUUGGACAAGUCAAUGAAAUUCGAGGAGUUCACUGAUCUUACCAUGUGGGAUGUUCGUGACUUUUUCUUGUUGUCCGGCCCACAUGUUAAGGAGAUCGAAGGUGUGAUACCGCAGCGUCAUUUCAAGCGUUUGGUCGAAUUUCUGGGCAACAACUGCAUUAACUUGACUACAUUAAAAAUCACGGUCAACAAGUUGCCCCUGAAAAUGAUGGAGAAGAUAUUCGGCAAGUUAAAUAAGCUACAGAAUCUACAAUUACGUUGCUGCGGUUUAAGAAAUGAUGCGCUGCUCGCUCUGAAGCAUUUGCCAAUGCUUAAGAAUCUGGAUCUGUCCAACAAUGACAAAUUGACUGGUCAGCAUAUGAAUCGCUUGCCAGCCACCCUUGAGUCUCUGACUUUGACCAGCUGCACAAGCGUGCAGGGGAAGCUCUUGAUCAGGGCUUUGAAGUCUUUGAAGCAUCUGAAGGAGCUAAACCUCAAAGGCCUUUAUUCGAUCGGCCCAGCUUUCAAGCAGUUGGUCGAGAGCCAGCGAUACCACACCCUGGAAGCGAUGACAGUCAGCACCGAUUUCGGCUUUGGUAUGGCCAACCAGUACGAGUACAUUGCCAAGUUGCCACGCCUCAAGAAGGUGAUUGUGUACAGCCACCAUGAAGACAAUACUGUGCGUCCGAAGCUGUUGACAUGGCUCGUGGACCACAAGGCGGAACAACUGGAGCAUUUUGAGGGGCUUGGACAGAACUGUUUGAAUGCCACGAUGCUGGCACAGCUCAGCAAGCUAAGCGCAUUGCGUACGCUCAUAAUACCAGCAAAUGAUGCUAUCGGACCUCGAGAGGUGGAGGCUCUUUGCGCCCUACAGCAGCUGGAGGAGAUCAAUCUGAAGUAUUGCACUAAUUUAACCGAUCAGUCUGUGCUCCUCCUGAUACUCUCCUGUCCCAAGUUGCGUGUCGUGCAUCUGGAUAAUUGCCCACAGCUCUCUGGAAGGCUCUUAUCUGAUAUAGUAUUUAAGAUUCGCUUGCAAUUACGACAGAGCGAAACCGAACGUCCAUUGCCCAUCAAAAUCGGCUUGUACGGCUGCAAAAUAGAUAAGGCGUUCCUGGAUGGCAUACAGCAGACUGCGAAGGACAUCCUCGAAAUCUCGAACGAUCCGGGCAAAUUAGAAAAUUUCUGCUUCUAUGACAUCGGACGACAUCUACGAUGA